AAAAAGGACAAAUAUUUCGUGCCAAUGAGUGUUUACAAACCGACACAUUAUCCGGAUUAUUGUGGAAGUAGCUACGCAUUUGGUGGAAAGAUGGUGCCAAAGUUAUAUGACCUUGGGAAAACUACUCCACUAAUUCGAAUGGAGGACGUUUUUAUCUCUGGCAUUUUAGGCGAGAGGCUUGGUUACAAACGAAUUCAUGAUGGCCGCUUUAUAAUUCCCUAUUCCAAACAUAUAACUUGUGGUCUGAAAAAUAUUUUAGUGAGUGGAGAACUUUCAAGUGAAGAAAUGGAAUCGAACUGGCGGGCUAAAGUAUAUAAUAAGACGUGUAGGGACUAGCCAAGGCCUUUCGAGGCAUUACUGGUUUUAAGCUUCAAAGGAAACAUCAUCAAAUUCAUCAAUGGUGUUGGUAUAUACGCGCAGUAAGCUUUUGAAAGCAUUUUCGGUUUGUGAUUGGGUGCGAUUUCCCAUUUUCCCAUCUUGCUUCACCAAGGCCAAAAAGCAAUGAUUCUUCGGCAUGAUUCCUGAUUUUACGACUAGGGGGCGUUUGCUGAAAACGGAAAACUGUAAUUGCUCCUAUACAUGUACAACUCGACGGUAUUUCAUCAAAUUAUACAGUAAGUGUAGGAUACAUCACAAGUCCCAUGAGUUUUGGGUUUGACCUAAUUUUCGAGGUAUAUACUAUCAACUUGAAUGCUAACUUGACACUACUUCAUGAUUUUCUUUUGAUAGGCCUAUGCGGUGAAUCAGUCUUGGACGUCCGCUAUGUCCGCUUUGUCUUUUUUAACAGACUUAUAUCAAAGCCAUGCGCAGGAAUAUUUCGAUUGAAUACUUCUGACCUCUGUAAACAGUCACUUCAAGCACACUUUUGAAUACAACUGUGCACGCGGCACGGAUUCCAACUUGCUUUCCGACAUGGCAUCUUCGUUCCGCGGGUCUGUGUUCCUAGAGGACCCGGAGGACCCUCCAAAGGUGAAGAUUGAUACCUGUACAUGUCUGAAGGAUAACUUACUGCUGAUUUUGACAAUUGUCGGGAUUGUUUUAGGAUUUAUCAUCGGCUUUGCUAUCCGCCCGUUGGAACCCUCUGAAGAUGCGCUCAUGUGGUUAGGUAUGACAGGAGAGAUUUUUUUAAGGCUUUUGAAGAUGAUGAUAAUUCCACUGGUGGUGUCAUGUAUAAUAUCUGGUUCUGCAUCGUUAGACCCCAAGUGUAACGGCAAGAUCAGCAUGGUAACGCUAGCCUACGUGAUGGUCUCAAAUGCCUUGUGUGCGCUGAUAGGCAUCAUUCUCGCCGUGUCUAUACGUCCUGGGCAGCUUGGGGAAGCAAGUGGUAGGGCUGAAGAGUUUUCCCCGAAGACUAAAACACAAGACAUCUUUGCCGAUUUGAUAAGAAACUUCAUCCCAGAUAAUCUGAUAGGUGCUUGCAUUAGACAGGUGCACACGUCAUACGUUCAACGUGACGUGAAAGGCCUCCUAAACGGAACGUUAGCGGAUAACAGUACAGACCUGGUCAACGAGACCCUGCAAGAGGAUAUACGAAACAUUGGAUACACGGACGGUGCCAAUCUUCUCGGGCUCGUCUUCGCUUCCUUGGUCUUUGGAAUUGCUACGUGCAUGAGCGGUGAAGCAGCUCGACCGUUCUAUGAAUUCUUCAGCGCAACUGGUGAUAUCAUUCUGAAAAUAUUUGGUUGGUUCCUGUGGUUCUCCCCUAUUGGUAUCGCCAGCCUGACCGCAGCCGCAAUAGCUGGAGUCGAAAACCCAAGCGAAGCCUUCCUGAAGCUUGGCUACUUCAGCUUAACGGUCUCCUCGGGCGUGGUCUUUCAUCAAAUCGUCCUGCUUCCCGCCAUAAGCUUCAUCGUGUGGAGAAAGAACCCCUACUUGCUUUUUCUGUACCAGAUUAAAGGAUGGCUGACAGUUUUUGCGACCACUUCAGGAAUUGUUUGCAUCCCGUAUUUCACAAGUGGCUGCGAGAGAUACGGAGUCGAGAAAAUGGUCGCCAGAUUCGUCAUACCAUUCUCCCUGACGAUAUCAAGGAAUGGAAGCGCAAUCUAUGUUGCCAUCUCUACACUAUUUGUAGCCCAGCACAAUGACAUAGCCCUUGACGUUGGUACUAUCAUUGUAAUAUGGUUGAUGACGUCAUUUUUGAUCGUCGCCCUUCCCGACAUUCCCAGCGGCAGUAUAGUCAUAUUGAUGAUUAUACUGCAAUCAACAGGACUACCGAUAAAUGACAUUGCAACCCUUUUUACUGUUGAAUGGAUUCUAGAUCGUAUCCGAGCAAGCAGCAACGGAAUGAGCCAUUGUUUUUGUGCAGUGUUUGUUUACGCACUGUGCAAGAAUGACUUUGAACUUGCAAGCAGGGGAACGAGAUCUCGCGAAGAGAUACAUCAUCAGAAAGAAGUGGCGUCAGCCAAUCAGAAAGAGGAAGAGCAGGCUUUGAAUGUCGAUCCCGUUGAACCCCUUGAGUCGGAUGACGAAGAAGAACUUCGUAUAUAAAUCAGAGCAUUUAGUAUAAUACACAAUCAACGCGAAUUUUGAAUAAUGUCUUAAAUUUAUUUGGCGUCAUAUGAUCAGAUGCAUACACAUAUCACAAAUAAUCAAUCAAGACCAAUAAUUUGAAACUUCAGAAAUCCCAUAAACUUGUCGCGCAUGUCAAAGAAUUAAUGCAUUUAUUUUUGCGACAUGAAGUAACAACUAGCCAACAACAGUAAUAGUUAUUGAAUAGGAGCCAAAUCAACCUUGCCCCAUUUUGUCAGAACUUGGUACAUUUUGUACAUAGCAUGAGACAAGCUGCUGCAGCAGUAUUGCUUCCACAUUCUUGGUCUUCAUCGAUUCUUGAUAUCACACAUGCUUACUGGCAAUGAAGUAAAUUCAAUACAGGUCGUCCCAUAAUUAUUUUACUGUUAAACGUUCUUUAACCUUUUACCGGUUUGUAUCUGCAUUUCACACAUCUUGGAUUUGGGAUGAAGACCAAAGUGUUCUUUACCCUUUGGAGAUGAGCUUUUUUACAAGUGUGACGGACCAACUCUAGGGGGUCUUCUCUGGCGGGACUUUGGCACCUUAGCAGGAACAAGAGGCAACACGUGUGUGCUUUUCGGACACAACAUUUAUUUGACUGUGUCUGUUAUAACCACUCGGACACAUUUAAACAAUCGUCAGCGAACGUCCGAACGAACCACCCGCCAUUUAAGGGAAGAUGAUUUUGACAACAUGUAAGAGGAUUUCAAAUACAAUACGACAAGGCUAAAGCAAUCACAGGCUUUACAUGUAUACUAUCACACUUAAUUUUCCAAACAAAUAAUUUAACAGCAACUUGAAGGUUUUUUGACAUCAAACAAAACACUGUAAACCGCUAAAUUUUCGCGCUGCUUAUUUUUGGCGGUUCGCGAAAGUUUCAAAAAAUAUAAAUAAAUAAAUAAAAAUAAAUAAAUAAAAAUAAAAUUUUGACGAUAUUUAUGUUGACGUAUUUUAAAAUGUCUUUCGGUUUUCGAUUCAAAAUUUAUUUUCGCGGUUUUCUUGUUUUUACUUUCGCGAAUCUAUUGCGAAUCUACGUAGGUUAUUCGUGAAAUUGGCGAAAAUAAAUUGCCCAAUGAAAAUUCAGCGGUUAACAGAAGUGUCAACCGUACAUGACGCAAACUUUAACAAUUAUUCUGUUGCCGGACGAAAUUGCAAUAAUGACAUAUUGAAAUGCAAAAUGAGAUACUGUACAUAAUAGUAUAUUUAAUUAAUGUUUUCAUUUUUUAUCACAGUAGAUUAGAGAAUCAAACUAAGAUCGAGGUGCUUUCAUUUUUCCCUCUGACUUGGCGCAAACAAAAUGCAUCAAUAAAAUGACAUAUGUGCCAAACAAA